CGCCCUUCACCUCUUCACCUCGCGCUCACAGUCUCACACUCCCACUCCCACCACUCCUCUCACCGCCGUGCGAGUGGAGGUUACCUCAUCUGUCGAACAUACCUGUCGCUCACUUUCACAAACGCACCAUGACCGCUACGUGGAACAGCACAAAGACUGGCUCUUCGUCCAGCAGCGAAAAGUACAAUCUGGACCCUAAUGACAAGAGCGGUAUCUUAGUGUACAAGUAUCGUGCCGGCUUGCCAGAGCCUGAGAUAACUACACAGGCGAAACUAUGCGAGGAACUGGACAAAGCCCCGCAGUGCCGUGUAUCUCGCAAGAGCAUACCUCGCGGCGACUCGCGCGUCGAUAUACGCAUGGAAGAUCUCUGGACGGAGGAAGAGCGUGCUCUCUACUGCGACAAGCCCACAGCAAAGAACUCUGUUGCGUCUGUCGGUCUUCCUCGCAUCGCGUACUACAAAAGACUACUCCUCAACUCCUACCCUGAACUCUACAUUGUGUCGCCGGCAUCAUCGCCAAACAGCAGCGCCAACACCUCGCCGGAAAGCAGUCAGCACGUCAGCCCGCAGAGCACAUUCCCAAAGGAGCCUAGGGAAAGUCCGGCAGAUCAGUGAUGAAGAUAAUGGAUCGUGGAUCGUGGGGCGUGGAUCAACUAAUACGUCUGCGAGGAGGCCGCCUUCUUCUGCGCUAGCGGCUGUGCAGCUGAUGACUCCUCACCAACACCGAGUCACUGAGCGCUCAGCAAUCCUAUGACUAUACGCUUGCUCCUACUACUGUUCGCCGUCCUUGACGCACACCGUCUCCCUAGUCCCCUUUGCCCUGCCUGACACCCUCACGUCGGCAA